AUGCCCCAAACGGUUCAGAAGCGACAAACACACGGAAGGAGCCGGCGUGGUUACGAUUUUGUCCUUGAAGGCGUCCCUAUGUACGAUUCACCGGACAUAAGUAGUGACAGCAGUGACAUAGAGCGUACACGCACCAUGGCACCACCCCAUGGACAAAAUUGGGGCCCAGCCGCGUAUCCUAAACCAUCAGCAGCGGGUGCGGUAGCUCCACCGUACCGCCACCAGAAACAACAACAACAACAGCAGCAACAGCAGCAAGAACAUGCCCGGCAACAACUACUCUUGCAGCAAAAGUGGUUGGAACAACAACAGGCGGCAUUCCACCAACGACAGCAGGAGUUGUCUCGUGCAGAAUAUCAACGAUCUCACAAAACACAACAGCAAAGCCAACAGUCAUCCCACAACCACACAGAAACGCGCGAUGCACGCAGAACUAUCAUGGGCGACUCCACGGGACGCGGCAGCCGCGAACGCUGCCCGCCAGUGGAUGAUAUUGACUACGUAAAAUACUUCCCGGAGAGGGGGCCACGCGUAAUGGAAUACACGUCACCUGGGUUCAAUACCAACCCCUCCACCACCGUAGCCCAACACAUUCAAAGUGGCCACAAUGCACAGUUCACCACCAUGCGGCCUUCGGCCCGUAGCCAGCAGCAUUUGGAAUGUCCCGGCAACCACAACAACACCGUGGUGGGAGCCUACGGGACGGGGGAGACAGCUGAUACGAGAAAUACGGGGGCCAGGGAGACGGCAAUCGUUGGUGGAGGCGUACAUUACGGGGCCCAGAGCUUACAAGCCACCGGCAAGUGCGCGGCCAGGUAUGCAAGUACGCUUUAUUUGGAAAAUGACCAUCCGUCAGCUCAAGUGCCCAACGGGUACACCGUAGAGAUGGGAAACUCAGGUCUUUUCACUCUAGCUAACUAUCCUGAUGCGGACAAGGGGGCCGUAACGAACGAAAACCGCUUCAGCGGCGGAGCCGUCAAGCCGCGGUGGACAUCUGUGAGCACCACCCCCAUGGAAUGUCGUACACCACCUUCAGUUGCCACUGCACCGCAGUACAGGAACACAGCAGCUUGUGAUUCUACAGGCGGAGAUAUCUUCUCUGGGGAUUAUGAAUUUAUGCCUGUUGAAUUGGGGCAGUGUGACUUCCGCACCCUCCACGCGGUUACCCUCUCUACAGAACCCACACCACCCUUCACGCCGUCGCACGCUAGUGUGGAAUCGAGAGGCGGAAAAAGGAACGCCCUAUUGCCCCCAGUGGGGCACAGAGACUUAUCGUAUUUUGAAUCAUUGCCACAGAAGCAACAAAAGCAGCAGAGACGAACAUCUAAACAGGGAGAUGUGCAAGACGUUAGUGAAGCAUCUCUCCCAUUCGCGGUACCACAGGAGUACCAGUAUUUAAACAAUGACUUGACCGAUCCAAAUUCGAGUCUUCCGGCCCCUGCUAUGUCGGUUGAAACCACACAUAAGUCUGAGAAGGCACAAACGCGGAAGGUUAUCGACUCGUCCAAUCCCCGACGGUGGAUUGUGCUGUAG